UCAGGAAUGCAGCUGGUCAACAAUCGCUAGCUAUCGUUUCCCAUCAGCUGGAGCUGCGGCUGAUAUAAGUAUUCUCAGGCUGUGCGUGUCACCUCGUCUCCAGCCCGCAAAGGUGCACCAACCCAACAGUAUGGCCACAGCACAGGCGGCGUUGCUGCUAGCUGUGCACAUUUUGCUGAUCUCCGAGUUCAUCUUGGCCAAGAGGGACUACUACGACAUACUGGGGGUGCCCAAAGAUGCCACCGAGCGCCUGAUCAAAAAGGCUUUCCACAAGCUGGCCCUGAAGUACCAUCCUGACCGCAACAAGGGCCCCGACGCAGAGGCGAAGUUCAGGGAGAUAGCAGAGGCGUACGAGACGCUAUCGGACGAUAAGAGGAGGCGAGAGUACGACCAGUUUGGCCACGGGCCGUUGCCUGACGAGGGCCGUAGAGGAGGAGGAGGAGGAGGAGGCGGCGACUACAACUUCAACCAACACUACCAGUCCUUCAACUUCGAUGACAUUUUUAAAGACUCUGACACUUUCGGUCAACAGCAGCGACACCACUUUCACUCCCAAAAUCAAGCCCACCAAAAGAGGCACUUCGACAGCCACUUCCAGGCCCACAGAGAGGCCGUGGACCGACAGAAGAGACAGUUUCAGCAGGGGGGCUUCGGCGGGGGAGUCUUUGAUGACAUGUUUGAGGACUUGGAGAAGAUGUUCUCCUUCAACGCGCACGGCUCCAGGACCGGCGGCAGGUUCCAGGGCUCGGGGAAGCAGCACUGCAGGACGGUGACCCAGCGUCGGGGCAACAUGGUGACCACCUUCACCGACUGCUCCUGAGGCGGGCAGAACUAAAAAAAACCGGUGCUCUACACAGAGCGCAGCCACUCGGGACACUGCUGGGGGUUUUAAAGCUGCGCUUUUUUUGGGGGGGGGGGAAUUGAAUGCUAAUUUAUCACCGGGUGGAAUAGAGAAUGGUGUCGCGUGGCUUUUGUAAUUUCCCUCGGAGCAAAUAUCCAAGCUGACCUGAUAAAAAGGGCUGCUACCAAGCAAUAACUCUCUCACAUUACUGCUCAUAGCACAGUCCAUUAUUUACCUUUCCAGGUUCAUUUUGUUUACUUAUGAUGGUACAAUCUAUAGACUCAGGUUAACAGAUUUGAUUACAAAUAUUAUUUUUUUCUUUUGAGAGCAAUAAGAUUUAUUAACACACCGCAGAAGCUAAUAAGGCCAUACUAUUAUUGUGCUCUCUAUAACAUUAACCUCUCGCUAAUGUAAAGCCAGGCUCAUGCCAGCAUAGCGUACUCACAACUUGUUCAUCUUCUCAUGUUUUGUUUUUUUAAUUAAUUAUCUUAAGGA